AUGGCUUUAGAGUGGAAGUUUGAGUACAAGACUGUCUCUUCUAACAAGUCAAGAGUGUUAUUGAGUUGUGUUGAUGACAAUUGCACGUGGAGGAUGCGUGCUACUAAGCUACCUCUUUCAGACUUUUUCGUUGUUAAAAAGUAUGUUCAUGAGCAUACAUGCGAUACAACACACAAGAAUGCCAACCACAGACAAGCAUCUGCAAAGUUGUUGGGUUCUUUGAUUUGCAGCAAUUAUGGAGAAAAGAAGGAAGGUCUCAAACCGAAACAGAUCAUUGAACAGGUCAGGAUCCUGCAUGGCGUUCACAUCAAUUAUAAACAAGCUUGGAGAGUGAAAGAAGAAGCUCAGUUCUUGGUUAGAGGGACUCCUGAAGACAGCUAUUACAAUUUGUCUAGGUGGUUAUACAAAGUCACAGAGACAAACCCUGGUUCGUUAACUUAUCAACAAGUAGAUGCUGCUGGAAAGUUCAAGUAUGCAUUUGUGGCUUUUGGUCCAUCGAUAAGGGGAUUCUCAUUGAUGAGGAAAGUUAUUGCAGUAGAUGGUACAUUUCUGAAGGGAAAAUUCAAUGGGACUUUAUUGGCAGCUUGUGCUCAAGAUGGGGAUUAUCAUCUAUAUCCUCUGUCCUUUGCAGUGGUCGACGCAGAAAAUGGCGCCUCUUGGAAAUGGUUCUUUAGAGGUUUGAGCCAGAUGAUCCCGGACGCUUCGGAUCUUGUUUUUGUAUCAGACAGGGCUAACUCCAUUGCUUCAGCGCUGGAGGAUGUUUAUCCCUUAUCUCACCAUGGAAUCUGCAGGAUCCAUCUGCUCCGCAACAUCACUCCUACAUAUUCGAAGACUGGUCUGCUACCUCUGGUGGAAAGCGCUGCUGAUACUUACACGUGUCACGAGUUUUGGUUAAUCUUCAAGGACAUAAAGGAUAAAUGUCCUGAAUUGGCCAAGUAUCUGGAAGAUUCGGAUUUUAGGAAGUGGGCACGAUGCUUUGCGCCUGCGAACAUGUACAAUAUCAUGACUACCAACAUUGCAGAGUCUCUCAAUUCUAUGUUGAAGCUGCCUCGUUUUGGGGCUGCAAUGGUGCUGAAUGUGUAUCAAGUUGAUCAAAACGAGUUUGAGGUGAAGGAUGAAACGAUGAAGUAUGUUGUUGAUUUGGAGAAACGGCAUUGCACUUGUAAUGUUUUCGACAUUGACAAGAUUCCCUGCAUUCAUGCAAUUGCUGCUGCUAAGUAUAUUAAGAGAGAUGAAAACCGUUACGUCGAUACUUCUCACUUGACAGAAACGUGGGCUAAAGCCUAUGCCGAAAGCAUACACCCUGGUGGAGAGUUGUCAACGUCCACCUAUCCAGUGAAUAUUGACGAACUGUCUUGCCCACCUCCAGCUACCAAAAAUAGAAGUGGACGUCCUCCUACAAAGAGAAAGAGAUCCGUUGGCGAGUUUGGUGUUCCUGGAUCUAAAUCUCAGUCCCACAAGUGCAGCAGAUGUGGCAUAGGAGGACACAACAAGAUCACAUUUUCAAUGGAAGGUUCAAAGAAGAUGAUGAAGCGUCCCAUAAAGGAGGUUUACGGAUCUGAUGCUACCGAAGGUUUCAACAAAGGAAAGGCGGAAACUGUGGAACGUUACAGGGCUCUUCUUCGUUUGUCCAACGAACACAGGCUAUCUGAAAUUGAAUGGCAUCAGGCAGCCAGCAAACCAAAUUCCAUUGCUUCCCAAAUCGAGUUGCUUGAAGAGAUUAUCAAGGCUAAAGGAAAACUUGACUUCACUGCUGAGUUGGAAAAACUCAAAGAAGAACUCAUGGAAGCGGAUGGAAUGCUUGUUGAUGUGAAGGUCAAAGUUCCUGAUUGGUGUAAGCUUGAGGAAAAGUGGCUGUUGGAUGAGUAA